AAACUCAAGUAUGUUCGAUGUCUUUAUAAACGGUAAUCAUGGUCCUAUAACAUAUACGUUAUAUAACCAGCAAUAUCGUCAGUCCUCCGUUUGGUGUGUCGCAGUUUUUUAUGGGGAAACUUACAACACCUCGAGGUUCUUCCAACAAGACCCAAACACCAACGAAACUAUUCUUGUUGAAGACCCUUUGAUAUCCUACGACAUUGAGUUUGACGUUCUUGACGCUGAACGAACUUUAAAGUUGCGCCUGGGUUGGGGAGUUGUUUUCUUUGUCGUCGUUGUCGCACUUGUGGCUUCUUUAAGCACUUGCGUAACCCAGAUUCUUUGGGACAGGAAGAGAUCAAAGCGAAUAACUUACGCAACAAUUGAAGACUCUUAAAAAUGGAAGUCAGGUUUUUGAGAAUUGCGACGGUUGUACCUUUGUAAAACGGAAGAGAGCUACUUGGAGACGGUAUAGCCUUUACAAAAGCCUAAAAGUUGGUCUGCUUUUUUCUUCUUUUCCGUCUUAUGUGGAUUAUUGUGCGUCGGCAUAACGAUUCAUAUACAUUACUGUUCCUCUAUGAUUAUAGAUAGCAAAGUUUGGCCUAUAUCUAAAUUUUUCUAGUAAACUUCAACAGAAUUCA